GCUAGCAUAUAUCAUGGGUCACAUCAACACAAACACAGCGCCACACACAUUAUCAUCAAGUCUUAAGGUCAAAAAAUUUUUGGGUCCAACACAAACACAACGCCACAAACAUUAUCAUCAAGUCUUAAGCCACAGCAUAAUUUGGUGCAGCAGGAGAAAAAGAGGAUGGAAGUGAAAGUGAGGUCACCGGAGGAGAGGAAAGGAAUAGGAACAGGAAUUGGGAUACCAGAGGAGGAGGAAGACAGGCUUGAUAUUGUGGAUUUAAGUGGGAUGGAUUUGGACUCUCUUCCCAACCCUUCUCUCAAUAUUGGUACCAUCUGCAAACUUGACAUCUCCAAUAACAAUCUUCAGAGCAUACCAGAAUCUCUGACAGCAAGAUUGCUUAAUCUGAUAGUGUUGGAUGUGCACUCAAAUCAGCUUAAAUCUCUUCCAAACUCAAUAGGAUGUUUGUCAAAGCUCAAGGUUUUGAAUGUAUCCGGCAACCUUCUUGAAUCACUCCCAAAAACUAUUGAAAACUGCAGGUCACUAGAAGAUCUGAACGCAAACUUCAACAAGUUAGCAAAGUUACCAGACACCAUAGGUUUUGAGCUAGUGAACCUAAAGAAGCUGUCAGUGAACUCAAACAAGCUCAUGUUCCUCCCUCGCUCCAUCAGCUACCUCACUAACCUUCACGUACUCGACGCCCGUCUCAAUUGCCUCAGGGCACUCCCUGAAGACAUGGAAAACCUAGUCAACCUCCAAGUUCUUAACAUCAGCCAAAACUUCCAGUACCUGGCCACCAUCCCAUACUCGGUCGGUCUCCUCAUGUCCCUCGUUGAAUUGGACAUUAGCUACAAUAAAAUCACAACACUACCCGACUCCCUCGGUUGCCUCAGGAAGCUCCAAAAGCUCAGUGUGGAAGGGAACCCUCUAAUUUCACCACCAAUGGAAGUGUUUGAGCAUGGCUUGCACGCGGUGAAGGAGUACUUGAGUGAGAAGAUGACCGGAGCACAUAGGGAAUCCCCCAAGAAGAUGUCAUGGAUUGGGAAGUUGGUCAAGUAUGGCACCUUCAACGGGCGCCGUGCCUCCACUCCUCUCCCCCAUGAAGACAGAGAAGGGUUCAUCAUGCCCAAUUAUAGGUCCAUUGAUGGGCUUGCUUCACCAAGGUACAUGGGGAUGUUUUCGCCUCGACGUCUCUUCUCACCCAAAACUUACUUCACAAGAUGAACUCAAAGUCUGAAACACUUUAUGAUCAAAUUACUUGUGUUGUGUUGUGUUGUGUUGUGUUGCGUCAGGUUUGAAAUUCUAUUUUGUGGUCUUAUGGUUUUCAUUUAUGGUGUUUCAAGAUGAAGAAAUGUUAGAGAUAAGAGAAUGAACAACAAAACUAACAAUAGGCUUGUGAGUGCUAUUGUGUGGUUAGUUUUGUGGUUAAUUCUAUGCAUGUAAUAUAAUUAUCUAUGUGUGAAGACCCUUCGGUCCGUUCUUUUGUUUUUUUUUUUUUUUUGGUUGGAGCUCGAACCCCUUCUCUAUCAUCCGGUGAGAAGUCGCUGGCUCGGAUGAUGUGAUCGAAUCUGUAAUAUAAGUUUGAAAUAGUUGAAAUUGUAAAAAUUUGUUGUUAAUUAGGCUGUCAUUGAUUA